UGUAAGACAGUUGACAUAAGGAAAUUCUGAUAUUUCUGUAAUACAAAACAUUCAGUAACAAAGUUUAGCAUUAUUCUCUUUGACAGUGCUUUCUUGGUAAAUAUAUAUAUAUAUCAGAUAAAUAAGCCAAAUUAGUCAAAUACUUUCUCUAAUGAGAAAAAAUUCUUCUGACAUGUUCCAGGGGCUCUCUGGAAAAUAUCAGAGUUAACUAGAGGUAAAAGCACUUUUUUGCAUUUAAUUCUUUUAGAACUGUCUAUCAUUACACAUUUAUUGUCUAUAUACCCAGCACAGUAAACGAGAUAUCUUAAAAAGGUGGGGCAGCAGGGGAGACUGCUGCUGUCAGUUUUUAAAGACAAUAUAUACAAAGUCAAAAUAAUCUAGGUUACCAAGCAUUCUUGAGAGAAUGGUAGCAGAUGGUAGAUUUUUCUGCUUUCAUCUUCAGGAGGGGAAAAAAGCUACAAUAAGAAUUCACAUUUAGCUGAAAGAACUGUCCAAACUCAAGGCAGAUUAUAAUAUCACCAGGCAUACAAAAGACCUGUUAGAGAUACAUACAAAGAAUGAAUAUGGCUAUAGUCAAAUUCAACUUAAAAGUUUAAGCAGAAUCUCAAAUUUAAAUGUCUCUUUCUUUCACACAGAUAUUCAGAUUUGACCAGAAAUAUGCUUUGAGAUGAAAGAGAUCAGGCAUUUUACCUCUUCAUUUAGGGAUUGAGAAAUGAUGACCUUUGGCUUUCUAACCAGCUAUUUCAUUCAUGGCAUCAAUAGUGGGUUGUGGUGACAUGGAAAUGUAUGCUGGAUAUUUGGAUGGUUUAAAGAUUAUAUACAAUCAAUAGCUUACAAACAGUGAAAAUAAUAAGAACAUAACUCAGCAUAAGUGUCCAAGACCAGAUACAAAAAAGCAGAGAAAGUGCUUAAGUCUACAGGUCUUCCCUGAAAGCUUCAAGAAUGUUUUACUCUUUAAUAGUAGAUAGAGCUUUUAAUAGAAUUUGCAUAGCAGCUUAUAAGAUCAUUUGCAUUAAAAAAUAUGGAGAGUCUUCCAUGUUUUUUAAAACAUACAAACAUAUCUACAGCAUAUAAAUUAAACAAGAAGACCUGGUGGUUCUCAAAAAAAUCUAUUACAACCUUCCUCAAAAGUGGUCACACGUUUGCCUAUCUAAACCUUUACAGUGAAACCUGUUUUUCUGGGAGAAACAUAAUCUUGUCCAGAUUCUACACAAUUUAAUUUUUAAGAAUAAAUUUUGGUUUGUUAACUAAGUGCAUUUAAUCAGCUAAAAAAAAGCUUUGUUACUAUUCUGCUUAGGAGGAUAAAUUAAGAAAACAAAUAAUCAGUAACAACUUUAAUCGUUUGUUGGUUAGAGAGAUUUUUCUACUUGUAAAAAUAUAAGGAAUAAAUAAUUCAAUUUCUCAUGCUGUAGAACCUGAAGAAUCAAAAGUUAGCAUAAGCACAGCCAUCUUAAAGGCUCAAACACUAUUUUCUAACUUAGAAGGAGAAAAAUUACUAGAACUUUGAAAAACAAGUUAGUCAGCCAGUGUUAAUUGUAGUGACCUUUAGUUAGCCAACUUCAAUCAGUUAAGCUUAUCUUGCUAGAACUACCCUAAACAUUCCGAAAGUGAUUUCAUCUAACCAGACCCCCAGGAUGAGGCGUCAGCCAAAAAUUUAUGUGUCUAUGAAAAAAAAAAACAACACUGUAUUGUGACUGUAGAAAAUACUGCCCCUUUGAAAAUGCUAUAAAAACUUCUAGCUUUGUGUGUUCGGGGUCCUUGUUGAGACCCGCUGCGUCGGGCUAACACAUGGACCCCAGCUAGCUGGCCUCUGAAUAAAUUCCUCUUGCUUGUUGCAUCAAGAGACGCCUUCCGUGAGUGAUUUGGGGCGGUGUCCUCCUCUGGGAGAAUCCAACAUUUGGGGGCUCGUCCGGGAUCGUGCGCUUACCCCGCUUCACUCCCGAAGCCGUUCUUGGAGGAAGAGGUAAGAUUAGUGGUGCCUUGAGUUGUCUGUGUUCUGUGUUCUGUUUUUCAGUGAGACCGGUCGGAGUUCUGAAAAGGGUACCCUCUGUCUGGCAGCCGUCCCGGUCCCGUAAGGGGUCGCGACUGCGAUCAGUAGACGUACUUGGAGCACCGCAGGCUGCAACCCUGGGGGACGCCCCGGGGAGUUUGGAGGGCCAGGGACGCCUGGUGGCCUCCCACCUGUUUUUCCGCAAAAGUGAACCGGAUGAGAUAGGGUUGGUUUUUGGGCGCCGAGAGUAUCAGCCCACUGAUUCCUUCCGGUUCUUGGUCAGAAAUCUGAGGAAGACAAAAAGCGGCCGCUGUGUGUCUAAUCUCUGUGUGUCUCUGUUUUAUGUGUCCUUUACGUGUCUAAUAAUUGUUAUACUGGCAAUGGGACAGACAGUGAUGACCCCCCUUAGCCUGACGUUAGGUCAUUGGACAGAAGUGAGAGCAAGGGCGCAUGACUUGUCGGUAGAAGUUAAAAAAGAGCCGUGGCAGACUUUCUGUACCUCCGAGUGGCCCACUUUUAACGUUGGAUGGCCCCCAGAGGGGACUUUUGACCUCUCCACUCUGCUUGCAGUAAAAGCUGUUGUUUUCCAGAAUUCAACUCGGGGACAUCCGGAUCAGCAGCCCUACAUUGUGGUCUGGCAAGAAUUGGUGGAAAAUCCACCGCCCUGGGUAAAGCCCUGGGUGCGAAAGAAAGUGAACUCUCGAGUCUUAUUGGCUCAGGCUCAACCUCAGGGAAAAGGGAAAGAGACCACCAAAAUACACCCUGACACUCAAGACUUGCUCAUGGUUGAUGAUCCCCCUCCUUACCCUCCUGCCUCUGCCCCGGCGCCCGAGGCCCCGGCGGCCGAGGCCCCAGUGCCUCCAGCCCCAGCACCUCCGAUGCCUCUAGCCUCUAGUACCGAGGCAUCGGGGCCAGCUCCGGGACUGGCCCAGGGAACUCGGCGGCGCCGAGGGGCCGCAUUGGACCCAUCAGGUAUUUUUCCCCUCACGUCUUAUGGGGCCCCCAUUCUCGGGGAGGAAGGAGACCCACCUUUCCAACCUCUGCAAUACUGGCCAUUCUCCUCUGCCGAUUUAUAUAAUUGGAAAGCUAACCACCCUCCUUUUUCAGAGGAACCGCAGAGACUAAUGAGACUGAUAGAGUCCCUGAUGUUCUCUCACCAGCCCACUUGGGAUGAUUGUCAGCAGCUCUUACAGGUACUCUUCACCACGGAAGAAAGAGAAAGGAUCCUCCUGGAAGCGCGAAAGAACGUGCCUGGAGCUGACGGACGACCCUCGCAACUCCCUCAUGAUAUAGAAAGGGGGUUCCCACUGACCAGACCCAACUGGGACUUUAAUUCUCCAGAAGAACAGCCAACCGCUGUUUGCCUUUGAGUGGAAAGAUCCCACCACAGGAACUACUGGGCAAUUGACCUGGACUCGUUUGCCACAAGGAUUCAAGAACUCGCCCACCCUCUUCGAUGAGGCUUUACAUCAGGACUUGGCUUUCUACCGAGCUUCAAACCCACAGACGAACGGAGCGGAGUAGCUCGAGGAGUGUUGACCCAACAAUGGGGACCUUAGAAGAGACCUGUCGCCUAUCUGUCAAAAAAAUUAGACCCCGAAAAGAAGUACUUCAUACCUGCCAGGAAAUCCUGGCUGAGGAGACGGGGACCCGCCAGGAUUUACAAGAUCAGCCUUUAGAAGGGCCAGGACUCCUGACUUGGUAUACAGACGGGAGCAGUUACAUUAUGGAUGGUAAGAGAAUGGCGGGAGCUGCAGUAGUAGAUGAUAACCGAAUCAUGUGGGCCAGUGGACUUCCAACGGGCACUUCUGCACAGCGAGCAGAGCUCGUCGCUCUGACUCAGGCUCUAAAGAUGGCAGAAGGUAAGAGACUUAACGUCUAUACCGACAGCCGAUACGCUUUUGCCACCGCUCACAUACACGGGGCUAUUUAUAGACAGAGAGAGUUAUUGACUUCUGCCGGGAGAGAUGUUAAAAACAAACAAGAAAUUUUAAAUUUGUUAGAAGCCAUCCAUAGACCUAGAGAAGUGGCAAUAAUACAUUGCCCUGGGCAUCAAAAAAGCGACUCUCUAAUAGCUCAAGGAAACAGAAGGGCGGACCAAGCUGCAAAACAAGCAGCCCAGGGAAUGAAUAUCUUACCCCUCCAAGUGUACCUGGAGGCCACUUGUAUUAAGAGCAUACACCCGAAGACCUCGCUUGUAUAAACAAAUUAGAGUUUAAAAAUUCCUCACCCCACGAGAUAUACAAGUCUGAAAAAGGGAGAGUUGUCCUGCCCCAGAGAGAGGCAGAAGAGUACUUAAGGCAACUGCAUCAAUUGACACAUUUGAGAGCAAAAAACCUAAAGACCUUGGUUCAAGACUCCCCUUAUCAUGUUAUUAGAUUAAGAAAACUGGCUGACGAGGUUGUAAGAAAUUGUGUUCCCUGCCAAUUAGUAAAUGUGAGUAAAAAUCCAGUAACAUCCGGGAAAAGACUUCGAGGGGAUCGCCCAGGAGCUUACUGGGAAGUUGACUUCACUGAGAUCAAGCCUGCUAAGUAUAGAUAUAAGUACCUUCUAGUUUUCCUAGACACAUUUUCAGGAUGGACAGAGGUGUUCCCCACCAAAACUGAGACAGCUCAGACGGUGUCUAAAAAGAUCCUUGAAGAAAUAUUUCCCAGGUUUAGAAUCCCAAAGGUAAUCGGCUCCGACAACGGCCCUGCCUUUGUUGCCCAGGUAAGUCAGGGAUUGGCCAAGAUUUUGGGGACGGAUUAGAAAUUGCAUUGUGCAUACAGGCCCCAGAGCUCAGGACAGGUAGAAAAAAUGAAUAAAACUCUAAAAGAGACCCUGACUAAAUUAUCCAUAGAGACUGGUUUAUAUGAUUGGUUAGUCCUCCUUCCCUUUGCCUUAUUCCGAGUUAGAAACAUCCCCAGCCGUUUUAGACUAACACCCUUUGAAAUAAUGUUUGGAGCCCCGGCUCCACUAAAUGCAGCUCACCUCCACGUAUCCCCUGAAUCUGUGACUAAUAAGUUUCUGCUUGAAAGGUUACGGGCUCUGGAAGUUGUGCAGAAAGAAGUGUGGGCCUCUAUCCGAGAAGCCUAUCGGCCAGAGGACAUUUCAGUACCUCACCCGUUCCAAGUGGGAGACUCUGUCUACGUAAGGCGACAUCGAACGGAAAAUCUUGAGCCUCGGUAGAAAAGACCCUUCAUCGUCCUUUUGACCACACCUACAGCUGUGAAGGUAGAUGGCAUCUCUUCCUGGAUACAUGCUUCACAUCUGAAGAAAGCGCCUCAACCAGACCCGGACUGGCGAGUAAUUCGAACUGAUAACCCUCUUAAAUUUCGCUUGUGUAAAAAUGAUUGUGUCACUAACAAUUCUAAUUCUAAUGACCCAGUUACUUCCCACCUUCCAGAACCCUAACCCCCAUGAACCCAGGUUGCUGACAUGGCAGGUUUUCUCUCAGGAGAGGCAGUGUGGUCUGUUUCUAAGACUGCCCCCCUUAAGACCUGGUGGCCGUCCCUGCACCCUGAUGUUUGCGCCCUAGUUGCUGGAUUAGAUACCUGGGACAUACCUAAUAUACCUUGGAGACAGGCCCACCUAAUUCGACCACCAGACCGCAAUUAUUCUGCAGCCCAGAGCCAGGUUUCCUAUGGAGACAGCGGGUGUAGUUAUCCCCGAGCACGCAAUAGGAUAAAAACCACUACCUUCUAUGUCUGCCCCCGUGACGGACGAACCCACCAACAAGCCCGACAGUGUAGGGGCUUAGAAUCCUUUUAUUGUAGCUCUUGGGGCUGUGAAACUAUGGGUAAUGUUUAUUAGAACCCCGUGUCCAGUUGAGACCUCCUUAAAGUAGUCCUGAACCACACAUCCCCCAACUGUGAGCAGACAGGGCUAUGCAACCCCUUAAAUAUCACGUUCAGUGAUAAGGGGUGCCAGUAUGAUAGAUGAGUCACUGGACGACAGUGGGGGCUCAGAUACCAUAAAUCUAGAUAUGAUAAAAGCCUCAUAUUUACUAUCAGGCUCAAAGUUGAGACCCUUCCAGCUGCCCCAGUAAGACCCAACACUGUCUUGCGGGAUCAACCGCGUCUCCCAGCCCCAGCCCCAAAACAGGCCCUAGCCCCACCUAUGGACUCUGCCACCACUCACUCCGCCUCCACUCUUGGCCGAGUCACCUCCUUUCCUAGCACCGGACGCCUUCUCAACCUCCUUGAAGGAGCUUUUCAGGUCUUAAACACCACCAACCCUAACACUACUGAAUCCUGUUGGUUGUGUUUCUCUUCUGAGCCGCCUUAUUAUGAAAGAUUGGAAUUGUUAGGCAGUUUUAACAGGACAACCCGUCACGAGAUCUGUAGCUGGGGAAGCCACAAGAAGCUAACUCUGACUGAAGUAACUAGAAGAAGAAAAUGUUAAAGUUCAGUCCCCCCCACCCAUAAAGCUUUGUGUAAUAAAACCAUAGCUGUGACCUCCUCAGGUGAAAAUGAGUAUCUAGUCCCUCCUCCCGAAGGGUGGUGGGCUUGUAACACUAGAGUGACCCCAUGUGUCUCUACUUCUGCCUUCAACUCCUCCCGCAAUUUCUGUAUCAUAGUUCAGCUAGUGCCCAGGUUGAUGUAUCAUGAUGACCUCUCAUUCGUAGCUGAAUUUAAACCUAGGCAUAGAUAUAAGAGAGAGCCGGUCUCGCUGACCUUAGCUGUGUUGUUAGAGAUAAGAGUCGCAGCCGGAGUAAGAACAGGGACAGCCGCUAUUAUCCAAGAGAACCAACAUUAUGAGGGACUAAGGUUGAUGAAGACCUAAAAACCAUAGAGCAAUCCAUUACUAAACUUUAAGAAUCUCUGACUUCCCUCUCUGAAGUAGUCUUGCAGAACAGACGAGGGCUGGAUCUGCUGUUUCUAAAAAAAGAAGAGUGUGCAGCUUUAAAAGAAGAAUGCUGCUUUUAUGCAGACCAUUCCGGAGUAGUAAGAGAUUCAAUGUCAAAGCUUAGGGAAAGGCUAGACCAGAGAAAGAGAGAACGAGAAGCCGGCCAAGGGCUAUUUGAAUCUUAGUUCACUAAGUCCCCGUGGUUUACGACCUUGAUAUCCAUUCUGGCUGGGCCCUUACUCAUCUUUGUGUUGCUCCUCACUUUGAGACCCUGCAUAUUAAAUCGGCUGAUAACUUUUGUUAGAGAAAAAGCGAGUGCCGUUCAUGUACUAAUGUUGCAGCAACAAUAUCAUUCACUCACCCAACAGGAAGAUACAAACAUUCCAUGAUUAGAAUGCCCUUAAAGAGAAGUGGGGAAAUGUAGAACCUGAAGAAUCAAAAGUUAGCAUAAGCACAGCCAUCUUAAAAGGCUCAAACACCAUUUUCUAACCUAGAAGGAGAAAAAUUACUAGAACUUUGAAAAACAAGUUAGUUAGCCAGUGUUAAUUGUAGUGACCUUUAGUUAGCCAACCUCAAUCAGUUAAGCUUAUCUUGCUAGAACCACCCUAAACAUUCCGAAAGUGAUUUUAUCUAACCAGACCCCCAGGAUGAGGCGUCAGCCGAAAAUUUAUGUGUCUAUGAAAAAAAAAAAAAAACACUGUAUUGUGACUGUAGAAAAUACUGCCCCUUUGAAAAUGCUAUAAAAACUUCUAGCUUUGUGUGUUCGGGGUCCUUGUUGAGACCCGCUGCGUCGGGGUAACACAUAGACCCCAGCUAGCUGGCCUCUGAAUAAAUUCCUCUUGCUUGUUGCAUCAAGAGACACCUUCCGUGAGUAAUUUGAGGCGGCGUCCUCCUCUGGGAGAAUCCAACAAUGCCAUGCAAUCGUUUGCAAUAACAAAAUAUUUCAAAGGCAAAUAAAGGUUACACAGUUGUUAACAAA